ACUAGGACGCAAGAUGUGCUAUGCAUUGCAUACUGGGCCUGUCCUUCUUUUUGCAGGAAGGGAUUGACUUGUGCAGUUUAACGAGCGCAUGAAAGGGGAAGAAUCUGACGAAUUCCCGGCCUAUCAGAAACUGUGCCCUUUUACCUAUUAUCCCUCCUUUUCACGAGCCCUUAGAACCAAUAUUGAUUUAUCGCUGAGAUCCGGUCAGAUCUGGGGGACAAUUUUCAAGCCUAAUUAUGCGGGAGCUAAUACGUAAGAAACGCAAGCUUAUGGGAGAUCAACGGCGUGUGGGUUAAAUGCAAGUAAUUUAUUGCCUUUUAUUAUUAGCAACCCAGAGAUCAAUAAAUCCAAAGGUAACUUUACUUCCUACCCUUUCAAUCCUGCAUUUACCCACACCUAGCUAAGGCCAACCACAAGUUACCAUUCAGCAAUGCCAUAAAAUGUCAUAUCCACAAUUCACGCAGAACGUUCACUGGCGUUCAUUUCACCACAAAA